CCGAAAACUAUCAAAGGGUCUGGCAUUCUUGUUUUUUCCAUCAGGAUAACACAACCCCGGACUGGACUGGAAAGACGUUGACUUGGAUACAUGAUCAUGGCACCUCAAGCGACCUCAAUUUCGCUGCUCAGAGCAGCUUCAUUUCGCAUCUCGAAUGCAUCAAAAGCUGAGCUUCCUCAGGUUGCUGCAUUGACUGCUCAGUCUCUACUCUCCUGCAAAGACAUCUUCACUAGCCCGGACCUAGCCAACCAAAAGGACUCGGAUGCUGCCAUUGCUCUUCACCGUUUCAACACUCAGCUUACUUCCCUGCUUGGAGACCGUCAUGUCGAGGGUCGGUGGGCUGCCGUCGUUCUGAUCAAGGCUGCUAUCGAAGCCGGUGGAUGGGAAACCCUCAAAAAGUCCAUCGGUUGGGUCCGUGGUCUGCUGAUCAUUCUCAAGAAGCCUGACCCUCCUCUUCUGAGAUGCUUGACCAUUGUGACUCUGACUCGCAUCUUCAUGCUUACCUGGGAAUUCCCAACUCUGAUCAGAGAAAUCACCACUCCUUCGCUACCCACCUUUGUCUCUACAUGCCUCAACAACCUAACUGUUCGUCCCUCCACUCCCCAGGAACUCAAGGCUACUCUGGAAUGUUUUGCUCAACUCUUGCCUCGCCACCCUACCAUUUUCCGCCAACACCAAGAUGCUGUCGCGAAGCUUCUUACCACUACCUUUGAGAACAAGGCUUCGGGUGACCAAAUCAUGGAUCUCGCUUCCCGUGUCUCGGUACUGCUCCAUCAAUGCGAGCCCAAGAACGGUGCCAGCGACAAGUGGGACGCUACCCUCAUUGCCACUCUCCACAGCGCACAUUCCAUGGCCGACAGGACUUUUAUGAGCAUCGAAGAAGACUGGCAAUCUGUUACUGGCACAAACUUUAUCAACAAGAACAUCCUGUCUGACCUUUAUUCCAAAGCUCAGGCUGCGAGAACUCCUGCAGAUGGUCCUGUUGGUCAAUUCAUCACUCCCGGCUACCAAGGACUGAUGAACCAUCUUCGCUUGCUUACUGCCUACUUUGCAUCCGCCACCUCCGCUUCCGUCGUUGGUUCCGUUGGUGCUGUGACGGACUUGCUUACCAGAUUGAUGUCCAACACCAUCUCGACCAGCUCGACAAAGAGCACCAUCCGUUUCAAGCGCGAUGCUGUCAGAGAGGAGCGUGAUGCAUUGACCGAAAUUCUUCCCCAAAUUCACGUUGCAUGCAUUGAAGUCUUGUCCAUCAUCUUGGACCGUUACGGCAACGCUAUCACUCCUGCUUUGCAACCCUUCCUCGAUCAGAUCAUGUGGAUCUUCCACGCUUCAUCUGCCAACGUUGAGGUCAGAACCGCCACUUACAUUGUUGGCAAGAAGAUCUUGGAUCUCAAUGGUCAGUCCCUUAACAAGGAGGCUAUUGGUGGGCUGAAGAAGUACAUCGUUGCAUGCUGUGAAGAUCUGCUGCCUACAAUCGAGGAAAAGGACCCCUCGAACAGCAAUGGCAACAAGCAACAGUCUACCAUGAAUGCCGAUACUUUCCUUAAGCAAGGCACUACCAAGCCUUCUGCAAAGACAGAGCUGGCAGGUCUGAAGUCGGCUGCAUGGGAUCUGCUUCCUACCCUUCUUGGUCAGCUUCCUGCAGAACACUGUCCCAUUGCUCUGCGUGCAACCAUGGAUCGUACAGCAGUUCUGUCUCGCCACAAGAAUGCCGUCAUGGCAAGCACACUCAACCACACUUCCACAGCCAAGGCUGCUCGCAAGGGCAACAGUCUGCUUCCUCUCCUCGCUCGCGAAUAUCCCACCGAUCCUCAAGUCGAAGUUCUUCUUCGCCCCAGAAUGCCAAUUCUCCAGACUGGUCGCAAGGCUACUGAAGCUGAAGCUGAAGCCGACGCAAUGGACGAGGAUGACGAGUCAGCCUCUGACGACGAAGAAGAGCAAGAGCAAACUGAUUAUGAAAAAGUUGUCGCAGAAACUUCACGCGUUGCGGAAUCGUCUCACAGUGGGAACAGCAACGACACAGUCCACAAAGAGCAAAAUCUCGUAAACUGGGCAUUGAAGGAAUACGUCCAAGAAGGACUCGGUCAAACAAACACCAAUGCCGCUGGCUCAGGUGGUGCGACAAAGGGAAGCGAGGAUGCUGCUGAAGCAGCUCUUGGACAAGUGGCAGCUGGAGCAGACCCGACUGAGGUGAACAUUAACAAGAGACAACGCGAGGAAGAUGAGGGUAGAAUGGCGGAUAAGAGGCAGAAGUCGAUUGAGCCCCAAGCUGCUGCCGCUGACGACAGCGACGAUGAUGAGUUUGUGGUGCCGGAGAUCGUUAUGGGUGAUAGUGAUGAUGAGGAUGAGUAGACAUUUAUUAGUCUCUCGAUUGAUGAUCACAGUAUAAGUAUACUCUCAUUGAUAUCAAUCUUCGUCACCCGCAAUGAUCCCAAUCAUUUGCUUCCGUCCAGCAAGUUACCACGACAUCAACCGGUAUCGUCUAGCACAAACCAGCCAUGACAGCUCGUGGCUUCUCACCUUAACAGCAAUUUGUUGUCAUUAUAGACAGCUUCACCAUCUCAAGGAGACAUUAGCAUGAAGUGCCGAAAACAACAAGACGAGAUGAUUGUUGACAGGCCAGGGUGUCCCGAAAGACGUGUCUUCUUGGUGACGCAGGCAGUCGCGCGGGGUCUUGGCAAAAGCUAAUAACAGCUUGGAGGAUUGGACCAGGAGUUAACUGUCUUGUCCAAACA